AUGUCAAUCCUAGAUGAUAUUGAAGAAGUUUCUUCACAAAUCUUAUCUUCUUUUCCUCCUUCCUUUAUUCAAUUCCUAGAAACGAACGAUAUAGACCCAACUAUUUACACAGUUCAAUCAUUGCCUCGCUAUAUUCGUUUAAAUACACAAUUUCCUUCUUCGCAACUUCCUUCACUUUCUGACCUAUCCUCUCAACUUGAUUGUACUCAAAUUCACCAAAUUCCAAAUUUUCCACAUUUUUAUUCUCUUCCUUCCGUAAUAAAAAUUGUUAAUUCCUUAGCUUAUAAACAGGGGAAAAUAUUUGGCAUAGAUUUAAGUUCAGCCAUAGCAGUUUACUCACUUGAUAUUCAUCCAAAUGAUCAGAUAUUGGAUUUGUGUUGUGCUCCUGGUGCAAAAUUGUGUUUAAUUUCUAAUUUAUUAGAUAGUAAAGGGGUUGGAACUAUUACCGGUGUUGAUAUCUCUAAAAACAGAUUAUCCGUUUGUAAAAAUUUAUGUAAAAAAUAUAAACUUGCUAAAGUUCGAUUAUUUCUCGAAGAUGGAACAAGGUUUAAUGUUUUAGCUCCUUCUUAUUUGGAACCUAUAAAAAAAAUAAUUGAAAAAAAUCGAAUUCAAAAUGACAAUAAAAAUGAAGUACGUGAAUUAAGUUUUAAAGAAUUUGGUGAAAUUCAAUGUUCAGAUAAAAAUGAUUUGAUUAUUACGCCUUUCUGGACACCUAAAAUAUUGAGGAACGAUCCGCAAAAACGUGACAAUAAAUAUCUAUACGAUAAGGUUAUCGUGGAUGCGGAAUGUACUCAUGAUGGUUCGAUUUCUCAUAUCCUAAAAUAUGAGAAAUCCGGAUGGGAGAAUUUUGAGAAAAACUUUUUAAAUCCGGAUCGCCUUAACAGUCUUUGGGAUUUACAGCGAGCUUUAUUACAGAAUGGAUGGAAUCUUCUUAAGCCAGGUGGAAUAUUAAUUUAUAGCACUUGCAGUUUAUCAAAAAAACAAAAUGAAGAUGUAAUAGGAUGGUUUCUAGCUAAUUAUCAAAAUGCACAAUUAGAAACGAUUCCAAAUAUUGAAAAUUUAAAAACUGCCCCGCCAAAAUUGUGUAAUAAUAACGUUGAUUUAUUUAAAGUUGCAAGAUUUGAUCCUAUACAUUCAAAAACAUCAGGAUUUUUUAUCGCAAAAAUUAAAAAGAUAACAGAACCUUAG